UCGAAAGUAAACUUCUGUUGGUGCGUCAGAGGAAAGUCCCGCCAGUCCGGUGGGUUCAGGAAGAAGCGGGAACAACGGGAGUGUACUUUGUAGUUUUAGACAAGAAGAAGAUGAAGAUGAAGAUGAAGAUGUUCGUGAUGUUAGCGAAGCUGCUGUACGUUUCCCAGCAUGCCUUGGGUGUAGAGAUAAAGGUGUAUCAGGGGACGGAGUCUGUCCUGCUGCCCUGUCAGGGGAAUGUCUCUGCCUCCAACACUGUGGUGUGGAGCCGUGAAGAGCUUGUUUUGAAGAUUGUUCAUAAAUAUCAGCAGAGCGGAGACGACCUCAAAAACCAGAACCAGGAGUACAGAGACCGGACGUCCAUGAGGACGGACGCUCUGCAGACCGGAGACCUCAGCCUCACUCUGAGAAGACCCACCAUCAGGGACAGCAGCACCUACACCUGCACCGUCAGAGAGGGUUUUAACACAAAAAGCCAGGAAGAAGUAGAACUAACGGUCACAGAACCUCCUCCUCCAGUCUGGCCCUGGGUUCUCGUAGGUCUCCUGCCUGUUACUGCUGCUGUUGCUGCUGCUGGUGGUGCUGCUGCUGGUUUCUUCAUGUAUAAAAGGAAGAAGGACAGAGAAGUCAAACAGGUGAAGGAGGGGGAGGAGUCUGUCCAGCUGCCCUUCAAGACCACACCUCACCUGUCUGGAGACAUCAGAGUGGAGUGGAUAGACCACCACUACAAUAAGGUCCAUGUGUAUCAGAACGGUUCUGACAGACCUGAAGAACAGAACCAGGUUUACAGAGACCGAACAGAGAUGAAGAAAGAUCCACUGAGAACUGGAGACCUCAGUCUGACCCUGAAACACCCCACAGAGAAAGACACAGGAUGCUACACCUGUAGAGUCUACAAGGACAGAGACUUCCUGAGAGGGACAGCAGUGAGUCUCAGGGUCAAAGGGAGAAAUCAGGACAUGAGGAACAGAAGUGACAACGCUGAGUCGACUCGAAUGAUGGAUGUUCCUGCUGUCUGAUGGUCUGCUGAUCAAUCAGAUUGAUGUAUUGAUGCUGCAGCGCUGUGGGUGGAGCUUGUGUUUAAUUGAUGAAUCAGAUCAUUUCUGCAGAUGAUCAAUAAGAAUGUGACUUUCUUUCAGGUCACAGUUCAUAUAUAUAAUAUAUCAGUGUUGCUGCUCUGCUUCAUAUUUACUCUGUUCACUCAGAUCUACAUCAUAUAGAUCUACAUCAUAUAGAUCUGGAUCACAUAGAUCUAAAUCAUAUAGAUUUGGGUCACAGAUUUGGAUCCUACAGAUCUACAUCAUGUUUUUACAUAUAGAUGUGGAUCAUACAGAUCUGCAUCAUAUAGAUCUGGAUCAUAUAGAUCCGGACAGGUCACAGUCCCUGCUCAUCAGUUGUGGGCGUGGCCUGUCCGAGCCGUGUCACAGCCGCUGUGACGAUGUCACGCCACAUGUACAUACGUAUAUUCCAUAUGAUAAACUUCCUGUGCUCAUUCAUUGUAUGUUCCAGUGAAGCUGGACCACUGCUUCUUAUCGUAUCUCCUUUAGGAAACACUGGAGCUUCCUUUACCAAAUGAAAGGAGACAUGCCGUCCCACAAUCCCUUGCUGCAGCAACAUUUAAAAUACAGCAGAGCCACACAGAUGUAGAAACAACAGAGCAGCUGUUUCCUGUCUGAUGGACUGAAACUUCUGUAAAUAUAAAUUCAUUGUCUUCAGUCAGGAGUCAUCAUGAAGAACAAGCAUCAUCUUCAUCAUAAUAAUCUAUAUAUAAAUGUCGCUCAGUGCUUUAACAGAUGAAUGUUCUCCACUUAGAAAUGUAUAAAGUCUGUAUAAGAAUAUCUCACUCUCACCUCUGCUCACUUAUUUUUAUUGAAUUAAUGUUUUAGACGCUCAACUGUUUCGACUUAUAUAUUCAUGUUUCCUUAUGUUAAACUUUCAGUCCUGUGUGUGUGUGUGUGUGCGUGUGUGUGUGUGUGUGUGUUGUUUGUCUUGUUUCUUGAUGAAUCCUCCUUCACGUCUCUGACCUCAUGACCUCUCCCUGGAGGUGGAGGAGACAGGUGAGAGGAGGUGUCUCUGACUCCUCCUCCUCAGCCCAGGAGUCAGCUGGUCCCAGGAGAACAAACCAAAGACAGACUUUGACCAUGAUCAGUGCCUUGUUUAUCCUGAGUGAGAAAUUAAUUUGACUGAUUUUGAUUUUUUUAUUGACAUGAACUUUGACACCUUUUCUAUCCUGUGAGACUCUGUACUCCGCUUGCUGUGCUGAAUAAAACCAAGUAGAUGUACUGAUCUACUGAAAAGACA